UGUUUAGUUUGUAUUUUAUUACUGUAUUGCUGUAUUUAUUAUUUUAAAUUAUUUUACAGACAUGCAGAGCACAGGAGCAUACAGUAACUCAAGUGAUAAUUUAUUUAAUUUUUCAAAGACUUUGAUUGAAAAAGUUCUCUUGUUGCAGGUCCUGGUUGGGAUUUUUCUCUGUAUAAACUGCUUGAUGAUUUUCACAUUUCUGAAAAAGGAUGUUUUUAGGGAAGAAACUCGGUACAUUUUGUUUGCACAAACCUUAUUUGUGGACUCUGCUCUUAUGCUGUUCACUGACUUGCUAGUGGUUGGAUCUUCCUAUCAGUAUGCCAUGCACAUAAUUCCUUGUAGUAUUGUUUGUACAUUUUUGACUUUUCUUUCCUCCUGUACCCCGUUCACUUUGGGCGCUAUGUGUCUGGAACGCUAUGUCGCUAUAUGCAUGCCUUUGAGACAUGCUGACAUCUCCACAGGCAGGACUAGAUUAUAUGGGAUUCUUAUCAUAUGGGGUAUCAGUUCUAUAAUUCCAUUGUUUACCUUUAUUGGAUAUUGGGCAUUUGUCCCAAGUACAGCACAGUACUCUUAUGCAGUGUGUGUUGUGGAGCUAAUGUUAGGGGAUGCAUGGCAGGCACAUGGGCGUUCUGUUCUUUUUGUCAUCCUUUUCCUUUUUUUGAUCAUUAUCAUUGUCUUCACCUACAUCAAGAUAAUGAUUGCAGCCCGAGCUGCUUCCUCUGAAAAGAAGAAAUCAACCAAUAAGAGUCUCAAAACUGUGCUGCUUCAUGCAUUUCAGUUGCUUCUGUGCAUAAUGCAGUUUUUAAACCCAUACAUAGAAAUGGCAUACUGGAAGGCUGAAGAUCAGAUGCUUCGGAAUAUAAAAUAUUCCUUGUUUAUUGUUUUUAACAUUGUACCACGUUGUCUUAGUCCAUUGAUAUAUGGUCUCAGAGAUGAAAAGUUUUUUUAUGUUUUAAAACAUUAUGCCAUGUGUGGCACAGACAGCCUCUUCUCACGAUUGCUUGAAAUCAAACAAAAGAAAAUAAGAUCUAUUUAAAAACAAGACUGGACAUAAUUAUUUAUUUAAGUGAUUAUUGUGGUGCCUUACUAAUGAUUCUGAUAAAAUAACAAUUCCUAUUUGCAUUAUAUAGAAUAAAUUGGGAUAUACUUGUCUAAAUAUAUAUUUUUCAUUGUGUUUUAGGCUUAUGGUGGAAAUGUGUUAUGGCUUGAAUGCUGAAUUGCUUCUGAAUGUCAUUUCACUGUUACUGUAUAGGGAAAAAAUAGUUUGUCAGUGUGUGUAAAUCAGAUGUUUUAUAAUUUGAUGUUUUUUAAAAUUGGGUGUCAUUACUUUUUAUUAUCAGUUUACCAAUCUGUGGGUUGUGUGUCCUUGAAUGUUGUUACUUUUGAGUAAAAUUAAUACACGGUAUUAUCAUUGAAUGCUGAUGGCACAGAGUUAAUAAAUGACUCUUAACUGUUAGAAUAAAUAAAAAGUGUAAAUGUUUGCUUGAGCAAAGAUAGAUGACAGGCAACAGCUUAAUAAUGUGGAGGCAAGUGUAAAAUCAAACUUUAAUUCUGACAAGACAGAAGUACUUGUAAUA